CUGGUUGUUGCAUUGUUGUUGACAGAAUUCAAAGAUGGCGACUGGCUCCGCUUGAUCUUCGGGGACCCGUAGAGGAGAGGGGAUUCUUCAAGAGUCUCUGACAGGACUCCUAGUCUGCAACUGGGAUCUAGGGUCAGCAAUGGCUUUCGAAGAAGUCAAGAAGAAAGGAGUAAUGGACAUGUCAGUCAUGGAGGGAGACAUCAGCUUGGUGGCAGGCCGUAGCCAGCGAGAGAAGAGGCGCUCUUACAAAGACCUCCUGCGAGAGGAAGAGGAGAUUGCGGCGCAGGUGCGCAAGUCCUCAAAGAAGGACUCGGAGCUGUUCCUUUUGGGUGGAGACGGGCAUAAGAAAAAGAAAAAGCAUAAAAGUGAUGACUACCACCACAGAGACCACCACGGCUCAGGCCCCCCUGCCCACAAAAAGAAGCGUAAGUCCUCAGACCGUUCCCCGUCCCUCUCCUCCUCGCACCACCACCACCACCACCACCACCACUCCUCUUCCUCGUCCUCCUCUUCCUCCCACCCCACGGACACGGCCAUGGGCCUCCUGCACGCCAUCACCUCCCCCCUUGCCACCGGCUCUGAGCCCAGCCCCAACGCCCCUCACAAGAAGCCCGCCCACCCCCCUUUCCCCUCCUCACACUCCUCCUCGCACUCGUCAAAGGAGCGCAAGCGUGAGGGUGGCAGUGGUGGUGGUGGAACCAGCUCCUCCAAGACGGGAGGUGGUGCUGGAGGAGGACACUCCCAGCACCCUCACCAGCGCUCGGGCAGUGCUGGUGGCACAUCAUCGUCAUCCUCUUCCAAGAAGCACUCGCACUCCUCGUCUUCCUCGUCUUCGUCCUCACGGUCGUCGCUGUUCCACGGUGGUCCUGGUGGUGGAGGUGGAGGUGGAGGUGGAGGUGGUGGUGGAGGGGCAGGUCGAGGUGAAGCAGAGGGCUUAAAGAUGAAGCUCAUCCUCUCGCCCAAAGAGAAGAGCAGUGGCAGUGGUGGGGAUACCACGCCCGGGCCAGAGAGCUUCCCUUCCUUCCCGGGCACGCAGCACUCGUCCUCCGUGCCGAAUCCUCUGUCCUCCUCCUUGCCCUCCACACCAGGCCUCAUGCCUUCUUCGACCACCUCCUCCUCGUCCUCUGUUAAGAAGAGCAGCGGGAAGAAGGAGAAGGAUCGGGAGCGGGGCUCGCAGCCCAAGGCCAGCAAGAAGAAGCAGCAGCAGGUCCCAGAGCCACUGCCCGUGGUGGGCAAGGAGGUGGAGGUGGAGGCAAGGCACUAUGGGAGUUCUCUGGGCUCGAUGGGUGGCGACAGCUCAUCUUCGGGGCCAGAACUGGAGGCCGGAGAGCUGGUCAUCGACGACACCUACACCCACCUCUCCAAGAAGAAGAAGAAGAGCAAAAAGAGCAAGAAGAAGAAAGAGAAAGAGAAGGACAGAGAGAGGGAGAAAGACAAGAGCUCCAAGGAGAAGAAACAUAGCAAAGGAAGCAGCAGCGGGAAGAAAGGCUCCUCCGUUGAGAAAACAAAUCCAUCUCGGAGCCACUCCCAUUCUCACAGUUCAAGCAAUCACAGCACUUCAGGUGGCAUGUACCCCAUGCCCGGCCCAGUCUCUUCACAUCACCACACCAGCACGCCGAUGCCAACGCCGAUGCCAACGCCCAGCGAGAAGAAGAAGAAGAAAGAGGACAAAGACAAAGACAAAGACAAGCAGGACAAAGAAAAGCCCAAGAAAAAAAACACCACCGCAUAUCAGGUAUUUUGUAAGGAAUACAGGGUGAACAUCAACGCCGAGCAGCCUGGACUGGUGUUCGGUGAGCUGAGCAAAAAGCUUGCAGAGGUUUGGAAGCAGCUUCCUGAGAAAGACAAACUGGUCUGGAGGCAGAAAGCGCAAUACUUACAGCAUAAGCAGAACAAAGCAGAGGCCACCACUGUUAAACGCAAGAGUACAGCGGGCGACGGAAACAAGAGUAAAGGCUCCGGUAAGGGUGUGGGUGCAGGCUUGUCUCCUGGGCGGGGCUCCAUGGGCUCGUCCCUGUCCCCAGCGCGCCCCCCUGAGGUGGACCCCAUCGACGCUGCCGCUCACCUGCAGCUCCUGGGGGAGUCCCUCUCACUCAUCGGACACCGCCUCCAGGAGACAGAGGGCAUGGUGGCGGUGUCUGGUUCCACAGUAUGUAGUGUAUGUGUUGGUUUGUGUCCUCAGGGCAUGGUGGCGGUGUCUGGGAGUCUGUCGGUGCUGCUGGACUCCAUCUUGUGUGCCCUGGGCCCCCUCACCUGUCUCACGGCUCAGAUCCCACAGCUCAACGGCUGCCCACGCACUGUCCUGUCAAAGACUCUGGACAACAUUGCCUACAUCAUGCCUGGACUCUGAGGAUACAUCACUCCCUUGUGUUCACAUCACAGGACGGGAAUCCAAGGACACUUUUCAAAAGACAUCAAAUGCAUCUGGGAAAUUGUUUUUAAAGCGGUGGACUCGUAGCCUACCACCAAAAAAAUGGACAUGUUUUUAAAAUGCAUUUUUAA